AUGGCUCUCACCAAACGCGCCCCUGCAUCUCGAAUGUCCAAAAUCCUCCUGGGGACUUUUAUACACAGCAAGUCUCGCGCUCAACUGGAGUACUUGCACAAUGCGGCUGUGGCCGUGGACAAGGAUGGCACCAUUGUUGCCCUUGCCAAGGAUGACCACUCUGCGGACGCCGCCAAGGACAAGGCGUUGAGGGACAUGGGCUGGGACGUAAACGAGGUUGAUGUCGUUCGGUGUGAGGAGGGCCAGUUUUUCUUCCCUGGAUUCGUGGACACCCAUGUGCACGCCUCCCAGUACCCCAACGUAGGCAUCUUUGGCAAAUCCACCCUGCUGGAUUGGCUUGAGAAAUACACAUUCCCGCUCGAAGCUAGCCUCUCGGACCUGUCCAAAGCUCGCAAGGUCUACACGGCGUGUGUUCGACGGACUCUGUCUCACGGCACCACUACCGCAACGUACUAUGCCACUAUUGACGUUGCUGCCACCAAUCUUCUCGCCGACUUGUGUCUCUCCAUCGGCCAGCGCGCAUUCGUGGGCCGAGUCUGCAUGGACAGAGAGGACCUUUGCCCCAGCUACUACCGAGACGCAUCUCCCGAGAGCUCCUUGCACGCGACCCAGGAAUGUGUCGCGCACGUGAGCAAAAUCGAUCCCGGUUACGACCUGGUUUCCCCUAUUCUCACGCCGCGCUUCGCACCGUCAUGCUCCGGGAACUCGAUGAAUGGGCUGGCCAAGCUGCACAGGGAGUUGCAUCUUCCCGUGCAAACACACAUCUCCGAGAACAAGGGCGAGCUGCAGCUUGUAAAGGACAUGUACCCCGACGCCCCAUCUUACGCUGCCGUUUACGAUGCCCACGGCUUGCUCACUGCCAAGACGGUUGUCGCACAUGCAGUCCACUUGACCGAGGACGAGGGCCGCCUGAUUGCGCAGCGUCAAUCCAAGAUUUCCCACUGCCCCUGCAGCAACUCCUGCUUGACAAGCGGCGAAGCCCGCGUCCGCUGGAUGUGGGAAAAGGGGAUAGAGGUCGGUUUGGGCACGGAUAUGAGCGGUGGGUAUUCCCCGUCGGUUCUGGAAGCCGCUCGACAGGCUGCCCUGGUGAGCCGUCAUCUGGCCAUGCAGAUAGAAGACGAAGAGCUCCGCGAAAGGAGCAAGCUUACGGUUGAGGAGGUGCUGUAUCUGGCCACGAGGGGAGGAGCGCUCUGUCUCGGGCUGGGCGACAAAGUCGGCAGCUUCCAGGUCGGAAAGCAGCUGGACGCUCAGCUGAUUGGGUUAGGAGUCGUGGGCGAUGACGGAACUCGGGCCGGUGAGGGUGCAGGCGACUGGGUGGAUGCGGGCAACGUGGAUGUGUUUGGAUGGGAGACGUGGGAUGAGAGAAUCGCCAAGUGGCUGUACAAUGGAGAUGAUCGCAACACCAAGAAGGUUUGGGUCAAGGGAAGGCUGGUGCAUUCUAGACGAUGA